AUGUGGUCGUGGUCACUCAGCUUCGCGGCCAUCGCCCUUCUUUCGAACGGAAACACCGACGUUUCCGCCCUUGCCACGCCUAGCAAUGUCGACUCUUCCGACAACAACCAAGUUGGCUUUGCCAACGCCGUCCAGGGUGACGGCUUCCUCUCGAUCCCGGUCAACGCCGUUCCUCGUCCACGGCCUGGACGAGGAUCGAAAGCCAAGCGGUCCAAUGCCUACGAGGACUUGCUGCAGAACAAGGACUACUUCUACGCAACCGAUGGUGAGUGGCAAAGGCGCCCGCGUGCGAGCGGACGGAGUGGAGCGCUGACGAGUGGCGACGCAGUGAACAUUGGCAGCCCGCCCCAAAAAGUCACCAUCCUCGUCGACACGGGCUCCAGCGAGCUCUGGGUCAACCCCAGCUGCUCGUCGGCGCCGACGCAGUCGCAGUACAGGGAGUGCAUCAGCUUCGGCAAGUACGAACCCGCCGACUCGAACACGCCGCCGAUCGGGCCCUUUGGGUACCAGGACAUCAAAUACGGUGACGCGGCCGACUCGUCGACGCACACGUCGGUCGCCAUCCGAUACUACGCCGACACGGUGGCGCUCGGCGGUGCCGUGGUCAAGAACCAGACCUUUGGCGUCGUCACCAAGAGCGAGGGCCAGUCCCAGGGCAUCCUCGGCCUCGGACCCCACAUCAAGUUCGGCUUCGACUCGGAUCAGCCGUACACGCUGCUGCUCAACAACAUGGCCAAGCAGGGCGUCAUCGGGAGCCGCGUCUACUCCCUCGACCUGCGCAGCUCCGCCGUCGAUUCCGGCGCCGUCAUCUACGGCGGCGUCGACAAGAACAAGUUCGUCGGGAAGCUGGAGAAGCGACCCAUCAUCCGCGGUGCCAACCAGGAUUACCGGCUCGCCGUCGAGCUCACCACCGUCGGCCUGACCCUCGAUUCGCCCAGGAACUUUGAGGUGCGCGGCGACGAGGCGAACGUCCUCAUCGACUCGGGCUCCACCGUCUCGAGGUUGCGCGCCGAGGUCGCCAUGCCAAUCCUCAUGGCCCUGAAUGGCAAGGACGACGGCCAGGGCUACUUCCAGGUCUCGUGCGACCUGAGGGAGAAGGCCGGCAGCAUCGACUUCGGCUUCGGCUCCAAGACGCUCCGCGUCCCGCUCCGGGAUUUCGUCACGGACUUGACGGGCAACGGCGAAACCUGCUACGUCGGCUUGGUCGUGACCAAGGACCAGCAGAUCCUCGGCGACUCGGUCCUGCGCGCCGGAUACUUUGUCAUCGACUGGGACAGCCGCGCCGUGCACAUCGCCCAGGCGGCCAACUGUGGAGGCAGCGACAUUGUAGCCGUCGCCAAGUACUCCGACACCCUGCAGACCGUUGCCGGGAACUGCAAGCUGGACUCUGUCAACUUCUCUGGCGGGCCCGAUAACCAACCGACUGCCGAUUCCCCCGCAACCUCAUGCUCAGCUGCCAACGGCAACUGCAAGCCGGCUGCCGCGCCGACGACGACGGCGAAGGCGAAGGCGACCCCGUCCGGAAAUGCCGACGGAACGACAGGCGCCGGUGUGCGAACCGACGCCAUGAGCAGCCUUCUCGUCGCUGCCGGCCUGCUGUCUGUGCUGUAUAGUGCACUAUGA